AUGAUUGUUGGAUUGAUCAGUGUCGAUGGAUACACUAAUGUCUGGACUGCUCUAGAUCGCGGAGGCAGACUUGCAUUAUUUAAAACCGACCUGAAUUUCGAAACACGUGGAUCUGUAUGGGCCUAUCUACUGAGCACCAAUUUCACCACCCUAUAUCAAUUUUCCAUGAGUCAAAGUGCCUUGCAACGAUACAUAUCCCUACCAACUUUUGAAAAGGCCAAACAUGCUCUCUGGAUACAAAUCUGUCUUUGCCAAGUCAUACUGAUGGUUCAAUUUACAAUUGGUGCCACAAUCUUUGCGACUUACGAAAAAUGUGAUCCACUGACAGCGGGUUUUGUUGAGAAAAUUGAUCAAAUUUUUCCGUAUUACGUCCAAGAAAAGGCAUCACUUUUCCCUGGAUUCAAUGGAAUCUUCAUUGCUGGAGUUUUUGCUGCUGGACUGUCUACUACAUCAACUCUUCUAAACACAAUUAGCGGAACAAUAUAUACAGACUUUCUAGCUACUAAAUUCAAGAAUGCGUCCCAAAAGAGUGUUAGAAAUUUAUUAAAACUUUUGGUUGCUGUUGUUGGUGCUGCAGGAAUCGGAUUAAUGUUCGUGAUUGAGAAAAUGGGAACAAUUUUCUCAAUAACUCAUCAAUGUUUCACAUUGUCAACAGUUGGUGUUUUUGGACUCUUCAUAAAUGGAAUACUCUUUAGAACAACUAAUAGCAAAGGAGCAAAAUUCGGAGUGAUUGUGUCAAUGGCAAUUGUUGGCAUAUUGAUCAUAGGAGGACUCAAUAAACAACCAGAUCCUCUUCUUCCUCUUCGUACUGAUGGAUGUGAUUUCUCGAACACUAUAUCAAAUUUUUCAGAGCUUUCCCGUUCAAAUUCAACAGGAGUAAAUGCAAAUGAGACUACGCAUUGGAUUUUUCGGAUAAACUUUCAAUUCUUUGCUUUUAUAGGGCUAUUUAUCAAUAUUUUAGUUAGUUAUACGGUUAGUUGGUUUACCGGAGGGAAUACAGUAAAGGAUCAAAAGCUUCUAGCCACUUUUAUAAGAAAGAAUAUUCCGCAAGAUACUCCUCUGUUAAAUAAUAAUUAAGUUCGUGGCAGAAAUUUGUGAGGCACAUUGAUGUAAGUUUUGCAGUGGUCUAAGAAGUAGAAAAUAGAUAGAUUUUUUCAUAUUUGAAGUGAUUAAGAGGUGCAAAUGAAUAUAAUCAGAAUUUAUUAGAACUGCAAAAGAAUAUUGGCUCAUACAACCUGAGAAAGAGUUUUCCACCGUUUUACUCUGGAGGUUGGUUACCAACGCUAAGACGGCGGUGGCCGCUAUCACACAAACAUUGAAGUCUUUGUACACCUAUAUCUCUGUCUAAAUUUUUGCUUUCAAGAGCUCUAGCUCAAAAGCAGUACUUGAAAUAAA